AUUGAUGCUAUUAAUUUCAUUUAUGCAUUUGAGCUGGUUAAGGAGUUCCGGCCUGUACCUCUCUUGAAAUAUUACUUGCACGAUUCCAAGAUUGCUGCAAAAAUAAUUAGGAGGAGCGACAAAUCAGUUGAAGCACUGAUUAUGUCCAAAGAAAAAAGAGCUGCUGAUUUGAGGGCUGUAAUUAAAUGCAUUGAAGAUCACAAACUUGAACCUGAACUCUCACCUAAGUUCCUCCAGGAACAAAUAGCAUACUUGGAAAUGGAAAUUUCAAAUAAGAAAGCAAUGUUGCUAGCUGUAGGCUACAGUUCUCAGAUCCCAAUUUUGAAUGAGAAUAAAUGUUCAGAGCCCAAAUCCACCUCCACUGCAAGCCCUGCCCUCAACACCCUGACAGCUGCCUCCACCGCUAUCCCACCUGCCCCUACCGCUCCCAUCACUGUCACCUCCUCAUCACCAACCACUGCAUCCACAGCUACCCCAGCUGCCGCCACCACAAUCACCUCCUCCUUUUCAACCUCUGCCUCCACUACUACUUCAAUCCCAAACACCUCUCCCAUUCCUGCCCCAACUUCCUCUGUGAGAUUUGCCCCCCACUCCCAAACCACUGUACUGCCUUCAGCUACAAUCUCCAAGAGUCAACCACAACACCAGGGUGGAGACGAGCGCCCUCAACCACAACACCAGGGUAGAAAUAAGCGCCCUCGAAUAGCUUUCUCAUCCGAGGUACCUCUACAAGCAUCAUCGUUUGCAAACCCUAACAUUGUACACUUGCUGCAAACCCCUCAUCAACAACCAGGUCACUGUUUUAUGAAUCAAGGUGCAUCAUAUUUGAACUCCUCAGCUGGACAUUAUUCCUUGACUGGGUACCAGCCCAUAAACCCGCAGAUGAACUACAAUUACAACAAUGUAAAUUCAUAUUAUCACUCGAACACAUUGGGAGCACCUGGCUAUGGUAAUGCCACACCCUUUCAGAGACGUUAGAAGCUUCUCCCUUCAGGUUGAUUUGAUGAACCAUGAAAUCAGUGGAAUGCUUUGUGAAACUUAUGGCAACACAGAUACAGGUUUGAGGAGAUUGAAGUGGGAGAAAAGAAUUUCUUUAAAGCACCAUUGUCAGUAAACUACCUGUUGAGAAACUUUGAAACUUCAAAUUACAGUGGAUGCAGAAAUUUGCAGUACUAAAGUGAAUAUUUGAAGGAUGGGAUGAAAACGAGCUUGAACGAAUAGAUAACAGGUUUGAAAAUUGAGCAUAAGAUUUUGAACUGAUGUAGAAGCUUAAUUUAGUGCUUGUCUUUGAUAAUCUUAUAGCUAGUUAAUGUUAUUCAGAGACUCUGAUACCUUCACCGAAGAGUGCAGCAAGUCUAGAAGAUGGUAACUCUAUGUUGGUGUUGCUUAACAUGAUGUUGAUAGUGUCUGUUUCGCAUAAUAUUCUAUCAGCUUGUACAGUAAGUUGUAUAUAAUCAAUUUGAUACUCUACUUACCUUACUAAGGAGCUUGAGGAUCACAAAUUCACUAACCACACCACCUUUUGGUUUCUCAUUA